GCAGCACGCAAACGUGCACUAUCCUUACAGACAAAAGUGGAGGUGUUCAAAGGGUUGGAUAAUACACCACCAGACAGGAAAAAGAAAGACGGGGCUGCACAUCUCAGCAUUCCCGCGAACACUCUGUCAACCAUUCUGAAACAGAAAACUGUGGAUGCGCUCAGCGUCGUGACCAGAGCUUACAAUUACAUCCCACCAAGUCAAACUUAGCGUCCAAGCUGUAGCUGCAGUAUGUAUGACUGCUUGGUAUUACUAUUCAACCUCCAAAUCUGUUACACGGCAAACCAACAGAGAAAAUGAAGGACUGUUCUACUUUACUAGAGGUUUUACAUGAGCAUCGGCAUUUAUGAUGCAAAAAAACACCCGUUACGGCCAUGGGUGCAAGUCAUCAGCGUUUCCGAUGUGCGCAAUACCCUCAUGUUGAGGACGCUUUGCUUGUUUUUUGUUUUAAAUGCCCCUGAUCAGAAUGGGACAUGCAUGUUUCAAGUACAGUUCAUUUGCAAUGUAUACUUUUUAAAAGUUCACUUACAAUUGUAUUUUCAAUAAAUACACACUAUUUUUAAAUGUGUAAUACAUUUCAUUGUACAAAAAUGAUUUCAGAGUAAUUUGAAUGAGAACUGACAUAUGCAUUCGGCUGACACCUGAUAAUACAAAUACCGCUAAUACGAUUUUUUAUUUAUUUAUUUUUGCUGGUCGCUUGAAAUCCGUAUUGGUGAGAGUUGACUGUAUAUAACACCACCUGGAACUUUUUGAACAGCUGCAAUGUCACAGAGUAUCUUCAAGUUUGUUCCUGUACUCUUCUCCACCGAAUUGGCCGUGACUCCACAUCUUGGAACGGGAUGCGAAGCUCUUUAAAUGCAGGAAGUGACGUGUAUUGUGCAAGUCGUGUAUCUCCUUGUUGUCCUACGUGUAUCAGUUCCACGUCUGUCUCUGCGCUGCUGCCGGUCUGUGCGAGUGGAAGAUGGCUGCUGUGGCUCGUCCUGCAGUGAAGGAUGGCGUCCGGAUUGCCCUGCUUUGUGUGUGCUGGUAUGCAGUGAGCUCCGGAGGGAACGUCAUUAACAAAAUCAUAUUGAAUGGUUUUCCGUACCCGGUGACGGUGUCGCUGUUCCACAUUCUCUCCAUAGUCGUGUUCCUUCCGCCGCUCUUGAGAGCUUGGGGAGUCCCACAAACAGAGCUGCCGCGCAGGUACUACCGCUGGUACAUUCUGCCUUUAGCAUUCGGCAAGUAUUUCGCAUCAGUGUCUGCACAUUUCAGCAUCUGGAAAGUACCCGUCUCUUAUGCGCACACAGUUAAGGCUACCAUGCCAAUAUGGGUUGUGUUGCUGUCCCGCAUUAUAAUGAAGGAGAAGCAAAGCACAAAGGUGUACAUGUCUCUGGUUCCUAUAAUUGGAGGGGUUCUCCUGGCUACAGUGACUGAAUUGUCUUUCGAUUCUUCUGGGCUCAUUAGUGCCCUGGCUGCAACCCUCUGCUUCUCUCUACAAAAUAUUUUCUCCAAAAAGGUCCUGCGAGACACACGGAUACACCACCUCCGUCUGCUCAAUGUCCUGGGCUUUCACGCUGUCCUCUUCAUGCUCCCUACCUGGGUGCUGGUGGACCUGUCGUCUUUCCUCGUUGACAGCGACGCGAGUUUCAUGUCCAUUUGGUCGAGCACGCUGGUCCUGCUCCUGGUCAGUGGGUUCUGUAACUUUGCUCAGAACAUGAUUGCCUUCAGCAUUCUGAACCUCAUCAGUCCUCUGAGCUACUCCGUGGCGAACGCUACGAAGCGCAUCAUGGUGAUCAGCGUGUCCCUGCUGCUGCUGAGGAACCCCGUCUCCUCCACCAAUGUGCUGGGCAUGAUGACCGCAAUACUGGGGGUCUUCCUUUAUAACAAGGCUAAAUACGAUGCAAACCAGGAGGCAAACAAGAAACUGCUGCCAGUUUCAAAAGAAGAUCUCCUUUCCUUUGAUCAUGGAAGUGCUGCGCUGGAAAAAAGCCAUGCCAAUGGGAUCAUGCCCUUCCCAGUCAACUCGGACUACCAGUACAGAGGAAGCAACGUGCUGACGGAUCACUUCCAGUACAGCCGGCAGACCCACGCUCUGGGAAAGAGCUCAAACCAGUAUGAUGUGUAGAACCUGGGGAGCAGCAUGGGUUUGAACUUUACUACCAGCGCUGUCGCAGGCGCAGCUAAGGGGAGAGAGAGAUUGGAUGGCAGUGUCUGUAUGGGAGAGUUUGCACACUGAGGCAUUGUGGACCAUUUAACCCGCUAGGGUGCUGAGCCCACUAGUGUAGAUUUUCAAAUACGUGCUGAUUUUAUUGAGCAUGCUACAUGAAAACUAGGGUGUACAAAAUGUGUUGCCCGUUUCCCCUAAUUUGGUUAUACCAUAGUAUCCCUGAAUAGAUAAUCCCAUACAAACGUAUUCAAAAUUAUUUUAACACACACGUGAGAUCUUGCUGUGGCUUUAGUUUGAGGGAUUUUCCCACAAUCAAAAAAACAAAAAUAUGAAAAAUAUGAUUUUAAAUGUUUCGCAAACCACAAUAUGUUUUAAUACAACAAUAAAAUGAUGUAAAUAUAGAUUCCUAGAAUAGGGGUGAUUGAUCUAUUCUGGGGUACCGUGAUUUAGGGUAACAUGGGUAAAAAUGAAUCAUUUUGACUCGCUGUUGGAAGCAAGAAAGGAAUCGGAUUGUAGUUUUUCAUUGUGCCCUCUGUGUUAGUAAAUAAUAGUUAAUCCGCCCCCCCCCCCUUCCCCAAAUCAAGCAACUGUCCUUUUAUUUUGCAUGUACAGUAGCUUACACUACCAACCAUAAAGAACAACAGCUGCUCCUUCAGUGUAUUUUUCCAGUUGUUAAACCCGCUGCCUGGGUCGCUGUCAGCUUUGCCCUGCUUUCCUUCGGCAGUAUUUACAUUGUGAAUUAUUCUUUUAGUUCAGCCCUUUGUUUUGUGUUUUGCAUGCUGUAUAAAUCUAUAUAAACAUCUUUAACUGUGACGUCCUUCUAGUGCCCACAUGAGAAGUGCAAUUCUGUUUCUGUUAUACAGCAAGACUAACGGCACUUGCUGUUUCAGGUCAUUGUUUAGGUUGCAUAUGUUUUGGAGAUGGGUUGUAAAGCUAGUAUUGCCAUAUCGGGAGCCCUGGGAGAGUCUUCCCUGGGGAAGGCAGUCCAGGGAGUGCAGGCUCUGGCUGUGCCACGCUGCCUGUCUUCACUGGGGAUUCCUCAAGGAGUAUUGGCUCUGGUGCUGGGUUACAAUCAGACUCCUUGCAGUGGCCCCUGCUGGCUGGGUACUGGUGAGCUCAAGCGGACACCUGCAGGGCUGCUCCUCCAGGGGCCGGUAGCUCGCCCACAUCGCUGUGGAGCUCCUGGGUGUAAAGAGGUGAUUGGCUUGGGGAUGCCCACUGACCUUCACUUCUCCUGAGCUGUGGGAAUUGCUGUGGUGAGGGAACAUCAUUGGGCAUUGUGAAAAUUGGAGAGAAAAUCAGGGGUACUCAGAAUCUUUUAAUAAUUGCAUAAUCUUAUCAAAAAGUAUUUAUAUUUUUUAACACUUUCUGGACAAAAUUGAACAGAUGUAUGGUGUUCUGCUGAUUUGUAAAGGUCAGUGCUGGUCAGGAUUGCACUGUUGCACUGUACAGUCUCAUCAAUAAGAAAUGUCCAUCAGUAACUUUAAAAACACUCAAUCACAGAGUCUAAGUUUUUAGUGGCUCUCCUGAUAAAAGCACAGCCUGUUGGAGUGCAGGGGGACUCGUGCAAGCCUGGGUUCAGUCCUGUUUGUGCUGCUAAUGUGUUGGCGUUUGUGCUUCCGCGAGGUUAGGAAGGAAAACUGGCACCCAGUAGUAAUGCUGGUCUCUUCAGUCAGGCUUGUCAAGUUGACAAACGUUUCCCAGAAUCCUUAUUUUCAAAUUUCAAACUUGAUUAAAAGUAACCCUAAACAAGGUGAGAUUGUUUUUUUAGGUGCAGUAAUCCCAACAUUAACCUUUCUACAUGUGAUUUAUUUAUGGAAAGAGGUUUUAUUUUAUUUUGACUCAUUAAACAAUUAUAGUAAAUGUUUUACAAAACAGGUUUAAAGUACGUUGUGCUAGCAAAAUAAUUCCAGUAAGUCAAUAUUUUCUUGUCUGAUAAACGCACACAUUAUGGCUGCAUGAAGGAAUUAAGUGCAACAGUGAUUGGUACUCAAAUGCGAGCCAGUGUGUUACGGUUAAUAAGACCCCACCUGAGCCUACACAUAACCUAUGGGGCCCCACUGCUUGCAACACACAGGAAGUUAACUUGAUAGAAUAAAGUGGUAAUCUACAGCAAUAUGGGGCUUGUGUGAAUGUGGAGGUGCAAGUUAAAUCUUAUCUGUUGUGCUUUUUCAUUCAUUGUAUAGGUCUCAAAUGUCCAAUUUUGAAAGAAAAACAUCUUCUAGUACAAAUAUCUGGUAGCACACUUUGUUUUGAAAUCUGUUUGCAAGCCAUCGGUCGCUUGUAGGGUUAGAUUGUUCCCCCUCCUUCAACGGCUUCUUGGUUGUCAUUAAGCAACCAGCUGCUUCCUGUUGACUCUCCCUUUCAGCCAGCUGCUUCCUGUUGACUCUCCCUUUCAGCCAGCUGCUUCCUGUUGACUCUCCCUUUCAGCCAGCUGCUUCCUGUUGACUCUCCCUUUCAGCCAGCUGCUUCCCUAUUGACUCUCCCUUUCAGCCAGCUGCUUCCCUAUUGACUCUCCCUUUCAGCCAGCUGCUUCCCUAUUGACUCUCCCUUUCAGCCAGCUGCUUCCCUAUUGACUCUCCCUUUCAGCCAGCUGCUUCCUGUUGACUCUCCCUUUCAGCCAGCUGCUUCCCUAUUGACUCUCCCUUUCAGCCAGCUGCUUCCCUGUUGACACUCCCUUUCAGCCAGCUGCUUCCCUGUUGACUCUCCCUUUCAGCCAGCUGCUUCCCUAUUGACUCUCCCUUUCAGCCAGCUGCUUCCCUAUUGACUCUCCCUUUCAGCCAGCUGCUUCCCUAUUGACUCUCCCUUUCAGCCAGCUGCUUCCCUAUUGACUCUCCCUUUCAGCCAGCUGCUUCCCUAUUGACUCUCCCUUUCAGCCAGCUGCUUCCCUAUUGACUCUCCCUUUCAGCCAGCUGCUUCCCUGUUGACUCUCCCUUUCAGCCAGCUGCUUCCCUAUUGACUCUCCCUUUCAGUCGGCUGCUUCCCUAUUGACUCUCUCUUUCAGCCGGCUGCUUCCCUAUUGACUCUCCCUUUCAGCUGGUAACAGGGUUCCUGAGGUGACCUAGGAAGUGCAAGUGUAACAGACAUCCAGAGAAUAAUGCAGAGACACUGAGGCUGUUAUUUAAAGUAGUACCAGAUAUCCUGAUUUAACAUGACAGUACAUGUUUGCUAUAACAUGUGUUUCUUUCAGAACUGCCCAUGUUAGACUAAUGUAACUAAUGGAAGUUCAAACAGAUGAGAUGUAUGCAGCUGUGCUCUCUGCAAUUACUGCAACCUGCUGGUGUGACUGGAAAGAUCAUUAGAUAUCUAAUAUAAUGGAGUCAUUGCUGUAAAAUAAAUGUACCGUUCUGAAAUAUCAGUUAUCAUAAUUAAUGUGAUCUGAUGUAUAGUUUGUUUCAGCCAUCACAUCCUGGGACACCCGUUGCCUCAAUACAGCUGGUACACCAGUGUAACCAUAAACCAGUCCCCCCUGCAAUGCCUGCCCCAAUGGAGUUGGCACAUUUGUUCUGUGUUGUAUUUCUUACUAGGUGUGUUGCAGGGGGACAGGUUAAUGGUUACACUGUGGCGUACCAGCUGUACUCGUGAGACGACAGGGGUGCUUUAAACAGUUUGAAAAGUCUCCAGGAUGUGACAACAGAAGCACACAAUGAUACAAGUGGAUCUAAACAAGAAGAAUACAUCAUUCAAAUAGUGGUUGUAGUUCAGAGCUGUACCAAGUUGUUCUUUUGAUAUGUGACCUGCUUGGUGUAACCUGUCUGUUGCAUCUGCAAGAAUACAUUUAGGGUAUCACUUUUAUUAAGGGUGCAUAUCCUGAAUAGUGUCUGUCACUGUGUAAGUGAAAUGGCUCUGCAGAAUGGACAGGUCUUGAGAUUUGUGUGUGAAGGAUUUUAACAGAGUCUGAGUUUAUUCAAUUAAAGAGUGCUAAAUUAAUUCUUAACCAUUAGAUUUAGACUUGCAACCCUAUUGGCUAAUAUGGUAUUUAAGAUAGUCUGUGCUAUUGCCCACAAAACACUAGGAGUCAAUAGCCAAAGAACCAUUGCCCCCUUAAAUCACAGGUUUAUUAAGACAGACUGACUGCAGCUUUCACCUUUCAUAAAGUACUUGCUGCCUGAGGGCUGAAGAAGGGACUGCACUAUUUGUAGAUUUCCUUGUUUCUUAUUUCAGACUUUAGAAGGUAUUUGUAUUUUGUUUUAAAUGUUGUUGUUUUUUUUAACUAAACUGCUUUUUCCUGGAAGCAGUCCACUCACAUGCUGUAGGUCACAUGGAUGGCAACCAGCCGAUUGGAGGAAAAUGUACCUACACAGGAAGGGAAUUGUAAUCAGGAAGCGGCAGCAGCUUUUAAUACAUAGUGUUUUAUUUGAAAGAUUUGGGUAUCCUAGCGGGAGGGGAGUUCAAUUAAAACCUGAAAAGGUGGACCAGUGAUAAUGUUUCCAAUGCUGAGAAAAUCUUUUAGCCAGUAGUUGUUCUUCCUCAAUCACAGAAAAGUGCACAGAAAGGUUAAUGAAGGAAAAUUACAGAACCCUUUGUCAUUUCAUAGUGUGUGUGUCGGUGCAACAUUCAACACUGAGCCAACCUCUUACAAGGUAUAAACAUAGAGAAUGUUGUGAUAAACAAGAAAAAGAGUAUUGCUGGUGAAAUAAUGUUGUAUAUAACUGGGGGAGUGUAUAAAAAUGUAUUUUAAACUUGUAAAUAAAAAUGAUGUAUGUAUUCAGUGUUCUAGGUGGGGCAUUGCACAAUUAAGAAUAUUCCAGCGACUAUUAUCAUUAAUGAUGACGUAUUUAACAUCUCCCAAAAUAUCGGUAAAAAAGUCAGAGGACUUGGAAUUUCACCAAGAAGUGCCGGUCAAAAAUGAAACGUGUACUAUGAAAGUCAAUUCCCCUUUAAUGGAACUACCAUUGGGGCUAUAUUUGCAGAAAUGAACUUGUCUAUUGUCGCAAUCUGAUUGUUUUGAUGUGUAUCAAAUCCUGCAAUUAUCUUUUCAGAUCUUUUUUUUCUACUUUGCACCCUUUUUCUAUACGAGUGCCAUCUUUAAACAAUAUCAUCUUUUGAUGUUUAUCGCAUAAUGCUAAACCUGGUGAAGUUGUUUAGAGUUGGUGCUCGCAUUAAAAAAAUGUAUGCAGGACAAAUUAGCAAAAUGCUAUUUUAAUUAAAGUCAAAAGAAUAACAGUAAACUGUACACUACCAAAAAUUAUUAUUUAAAAAAAAAAAAUACAUGUUUUUCAAAGCUUCCAAUUUGAGUGUUGAAAUUAUGGCAGGGUAAUUGAUAGGCUGCAGUAAACUACUAAUAAAUAACUUCGAGAGGUUCUCUAAAAUCAAAAACCACAAGAGUUCAAAUGGAACUCCAAGAUGGAACUUUUUUGUGAUAAUCUGACUGACUUUUUUAACAAGCUAAACAAUUUUCUGUUGAGAAUGAACCUGAAUAAUGGUUUGAUGGACAUGGCUCAAGGGCACGCAAGACUGACAGAAGAAGAGAUCAUUGACUGUUCUGACCUCUGAACAGGGCAUCCUGGCUCUGGUAGGCUGCAAUGUAGGAAUUGUAUUAAAAUAAUGUUUUACUGUGGAUCUGUACAUGUUGAAAAAUUAUUAAAGCGUUGAUUUCCCCCAAA